AUGGCUGGUGAAUUAUAUAAGAAAGGAAUUGAUGGAAGCCUUUCGAGAUGUUUGAGUCAAGCUGAUAAAGAUAUUGCUUUAGGUAAAGUUCAUAGAGUUUUGCCAUUAGAGAUUAAUCUCAAUACCUUGAGGAUAUUGAGGCAAGAUGAUUUACCAGUUGAUGAUUAUUGGAAUGCAAUGUAUGAUGAAUUAAAUGAUUUAGACUUAGAUCGUGUUUUAGCUCUUGAGAAUAUGAUUCGACAAAAGGAAAAUGCUGUUCAAAAUUAUAAUCGUCGAAUAAAAGAGAAAUGUUUCAGUAUAGGAGAGUUGGUCUUGAAAGUUGUAUUGCCAAUGGAAAAGAAGUUGAGAUUUCUUGGCAAGUGGUCCCAUACUUGGGAAGGAGCUUUUCAAUUAAUCGAGUUGUACUCUGGAAAUGCAUAUCGAAUUAAAGAUAUUGAUUCUAGGAACGUGAUUAAUUCGAUAAAUGGAAAAUAUUUGAAGCAAUAUCAAUGUAUGUUGAAUCAAGAUUAA